AUGACUACACAGGCUUUUAUAGCAAGUUUGAAACGUUUUUUCGGCAGGCGAGGAAAAUGUUCAAAAAUCAUUACUGAUAAUGCUAAAACGUUCGUUGGUGCCAAUGUCGAAAUCAAGCGAUUGCAGAAAAUGGUUAGAAUUCCCGAUGAAAUUUUGUCAAAUUAUUUUCUAACAGAAGGUAUUCAGUGGAAUUUCAUUCCUCCUAGAUCGCCCAAUUUUGGUGGCAUUUGGGAGGCCGGGGUGAAAUCGUUCAAAUUCCAUUUAAAAAGAGUGAUUGGCAGUCAAAAUUUAACUUUAGAAGAAUUUAUUACAAUUUUGUCAGAAAUCGAAGGUGUUUUAAAUUCCCGGCCUCUCAUACCAAUGUCAUCAGAAAUGGACAAUUUUGAAAUAUUAACACCAGGUCACUUUCUUAUUGGCAGACCUAUCACUACCCUUAGUGAACCACAAUUGAUUGAUGUUAAGGAAAACACCCUUUCUAAGUGGCAAAGGAUUACCAAAUUUAGUCAACAAAUUUGGAAGUUAUGGAAAAGGGAUUACUUAACCCAUUUACAACAGAGAAAUAAAUGGAAAUUUAGCAAAAAUGAUGUUAAAACAGGGACUCUUGUUCUCAUUCGAGAAGAAAACUUGCCAUCGACAAAAUGGUGUGUUGGCAGAAUCAUUGAGACGAACAUUGGUCGUGAUAAUAGAGUUCGAGUAGUAAAAUUAUGUUUGCCAAGUGGAAGCACACUAGUAAGAAAUGUUAGAGAUGUUUGCAUUCUUCCAGUUGAAGAAACUGUUUAA